GGCGUGAGAGGGCAGCGCCCUCGGAGGUGAGCGGACGGGGGGCUGCUGCUGUCGCGCUCCGCGGCGCUCCAAUCCGAGCGUGGCCGGAGCAUGAAAGGCAGCUGCGGAGCCUUGCAGGCAAGCCGAAGGGGAAGAGGAGGCGAAGAAGUCAAGUAGGAGCCCGGCCGGUGGGCAACGGCGUCCCGAUGUCCCGCAAGGCCAACGUGGAAUACACGCUGCGGAGCUUGAGCAACCUGAUGGGGGAGAAGCGGCGGCGGCAGCAGCCUCCGCCGCCUCCUCCUCCUCCUCCGCCGCCUCUUCUUCCUUCUUCCAGGCGGGAAGGCUCGGCCAGCUUGGGCGAGCGGAGCCUGAUCGCGGCCGCCGAGUCUUGCUCCAGCCUGAACAGCCUGGCUUCUUCUUCGGGCGGCGGAGGAGGAGGAGGAGGAGGAGGCGGCGGCGGCUGCUCGGAUCUGGAGCGGGCGGCCCGGCGGCAGUUCCAGCAGGACGAGCCGGCCUCUUUCGUCUACGUGGUGGCGGCUUUCUCGGCGCUGGGCGGCUUCCUCUUCGGCUACGACACCGGCGUGGUCUCCGGGGCUCUGCUGCUGCUCAAGAAGGAGCUGCGCCUGGACGCCGCCUGGCAGGAGCUGCUGGUCUCCGGCACGGUGGGCGCCGCCGCCUUGGCCGCUCUGCUGGGCGGCGCCUUGAACGGCUGGUGGGGCCGCCGCGCCUGCAUCCUCCUGGCCAGCCUGCUCUUCGCCGCCGGCGCCGUCCUCCUGGCCGCCGCCCCCGAUAAGGAGACGCUGCUCGGAGGGCGCUUGGUGGUCGGGCUGGGCAUAGGCAUUGCUUCCAUGACGGUCCCUGUCUACAUUGCAGAAGUGGCCCCACCUCACCUGCGAGGCCGUUUAGUGACUAUAAAUACACUUUUCAUCACAGGUGGGCAGUUCUUUGCCAGUGUUGUAGACGGCGCCUUCAGCUACCUUCCCAAGGGCGGAUGGAGGUAUAUGCUGGGUCUGUCAGCAGUUCCCGCUGUCGUACAAUUCGUCGGUUUCCUUUUCCUUCCCGAAAGCCCCCGCUGGCUUAUCCAGAAAGGACAGACUCAAAAAGCACGGCGAAUUCUCUCACGGAUGCGGGGCAAUCAAACAAUAGACGACGAAUACGACAGCAUCAAGAAUAACAUUGACGAGGAAGAAAAAGAAGUUGGGGCAGCUGGACCGGUGAUCUACCGAAUGCUGACCUAUCCUCCGACCCGAAGGCAGCUGAUUGUGGGCUGUGGUUUACAGAUGUUCCAACAGCUGGCAGGUAUUAACACAGUCAUGUACUACAGCGCAACCAUCAUGCAGAUGUCGGGUGUCCGAGAUGACCGCCUGGCUAUCUGGCUUGCCGCUUUGACCGCCUUCACUAAUUUCAUUUUCACGCUUGUGGGAGUCUGGCUUGUAGAAAAAGUUGGGCGGCGCAAACUUACCCUGGGAAGUUUAGCGGGUACUACUGUGGCCCUGGUUGUUUUAGCUUUGGGUUUUUUGCUCUCGGCUCAAACUUCACCACAAGUCACUCUUAACCCCGAAAGCCACUCGGGCCAAAACUCCAGCUGCACAAAAUAUAGCAAUUGUAAUGGCUGCAUGCUGGAUCCAAUGUGCGGGUUUUGCUACAAACUGAACAAGUCAAGUGUUAUCGAAUCGUCUUGCGCUCCGGCUAGCAAGAAAUCGACAAUGGAAGCCGCUUGGGGCAGAUGCGCCAAUGAAACCAAACUCAAAACCGAAGAUCUCUUUUGGGCUUAUAACUUCUGUCCAACGCCCUAUUCGUGGACCGCGCUGCUGGGGCUCAUAUUGUACCUGGUUUUCUUCGCACCAGGAAUGGGGCCAAUGCCAUGGACCGUCAAUUCCGAAAUUUAUCCCCUUUGGGCAAGAAGUACAGGCAACGCGUGUUCCUCUGGCGUCAACUGGAUUUUCAACGUUCUGGUAUCGCUGACGUUCCUGCACACAGCUGAAUAUCUGACCUAUUAUGGCGCGUUCUUCCUUUAUGCCGGAUUUGCGUUCGUGGGACUCCUUUUUCUCUACGGCUGCCUUCCAGAGACCAAAGGCAAAAAACUAGAGGAAAUUGAAUGCUUGUUUGAGACUUCGCUAUGUACAUGUGGCAUUCCCGAAUCGGAGGACGGGAGGUAUAUCGAGUACAUCCGGGUGAAGGGAAGUAAUUACCAUCUUUCCGACAACGACGCCUCUGACGUGGAAUAAAUCUCAGCCGCCGAUCGGUUAGAUCUUUCGAAAGCCUUGGUUGAGGGAUGCUGAAGGAGCUGCGCUGAGUGACCUCACUGGCCUGUUUCUGAUCUGCUUCUCCUUCCUACUGCCUCCGUGGAAACAGCUCCCUAUUUUUAAACCGUGCCCUUUGGAGGGAGGGAGGGGGGGAAAUAGAAAUAAAAUCCCACAUCCUCUUAUCCGCUAGCCAAGAGGCGAUCGCCGAGAAGAAUUGGCAAGAAGGAAAGAGCUUGCAGAGUGGAAGUGACUCUCUUGAGGUCUCUUAAGGGUUCCUGUUCUGGAUGCUUGCCGAGGUCCUUGAAACUUCAGGACGAGAGUUGAGGGAUGAGGUGGCGUCUUAGUUGACCAGCUCGAAAAUUUAAAACGCUUAAAAAAGAACAAGUCAGAAACCAGGCGAUUCAUAAAAGCAGUUAACCUGGAACCCCGGGACUUGGGAACAAACGUUAGCCCCACCUCUUAGGAGUAAAACAGAAAGAAGGAAAAAAUGGGGUCUUUUUGAGGGGAAAUUGUAAAGCGAUUGUAACAUGAAUACUCAUCUUAAAAAGGCAACUGACAUGUGCAGUGAGAGAAAGCAGCUACCUCUGGGGGCUUGCUUUCUCUGGAUGCACUUAUCUUUAGAAAUUAUUCUUUCCCACCGAUGGUCCUUUGCACAAGGAAAGCUGAGAUCUUAGAAUUACAACAUUUUAAAUGAUUUGUGGUCUGUGGCUCUGGGAUUCUACCAAGCUUGUGGUGAAGAUUUUGCUUCAUUUUUGAGGG